AUGUGCAUUGCUGUGUGGAUGGGGCUCCACCAUUUCGAGGGCCUCGAUGUCAUCACCGGCCUCUACGCCCUGGUACAGAUCGUGACAACAAUCGGAUACGGCGACAUCACGCCCCAGUCUCAGACGAUGAGAAUAAUGAUGAGCGGGUUUGUGAUAAUGACGCUUGUUGUGUUUGCGUAUUUCCUUAAUGCACUAUUGGAACAUCUCUUGGAUUCAGUCGGCGACAUUUCGAAGGCUCACUUGUCAUUGCGAGCAGGGCGCCUUUCGAAUGAGCGACGGAAGCUUUGUGUUGCAACAUUGUUGUUUGUGUGCGCACUCUUGUUUGGGACAGCUUUUUACGCAAUAUACGAAGACUGUUCAUGCUCGUAUGGUGACACAUUAAUUGCCGGGUGCAGUGACACAGACUACGAUACGUGUGUCGAGACACAUGGCGAGGUAAAAACUUGGGUCAACGGCUUUUACUUCUCGGUAAUAACCCUCACGACAGUUGGAUUUGGUGACUUCACUCCAGAGACACAUGUUGGCCGAUGGGUGGGCAUCGCUUGGAUGAUCUUAGGGGUUUGGUCGACAGCAAAUUGGAUCGGAGCGAUGUCGUCGUUUAUAUUUGAACAUGCGAGUGAUGAGGAUCGAAAGCAGCAACCGGCAGGAGACGAUCUCUUCGAUGCUCUUGGCGCACAGCACGACGGACAUCUGUCGCGCGUUGAACAUCAUCUAUAUUUCCUUCUGAAGGAUGGCAUCGUGACACAUGCCAUGCUGAAAUCUCUCAACGCGCAUUUCGACGCGCUCGACGUUAACGAGCGCAGCGAGAUCACCCGUGAGCAAAUAGAGCGGCGAAUUGGUUCCAUGCGUUGA